AUAUUCAUCGCAAUCCACAAUUCCUUUCAUUGAAACUCGAAAGCUUACGUGUCAUUAGGUGAGCCUACGUGGCAGCCGUGAAAUUCGCGCAGAUCUCCUAGCCGUUUUUUCGAACACGUGUUGAGACCUCAUCAACAUGCAGAAAAUACAUUUUUCUGCCACCCGUCUCCAAUUUCUCUCGGUUUAAAUAAACCUCCAAAUAAAGCCAUAAAAUUCACUCCUUCGAACUUUGUGAUUUUAGUGAAGCAAUAGUUCGUUUUUUUUUUAAAUUUCGAAAAGGAAUUAAACAGAGAAAAAGAAAAAUUUGAGAUCUGAGCAAAUGGCGGAUUUACGAGAUGAGCACGGGAAUCCAAUUCAGCUAACCGAUCAGUACGGAAAACCGGUUCAGCUUACUGAUGAGUUCGGAAACCCUAUGCACAUCAAGGGCGUCGCCACCACCCACACCGAGGGUUUCGGUACAGCCGCCGGCCACACUCACACCGAGGGUUUCGGCACCGCCGGCCACACUCACGCCGAGGGUUUGGGGACUGCCGGCCACACCCACACCGAGGGUUUGGGGGCCGCCGCCAGCCAUACGGCGGGGGUGGGGGCGCCGCUGUACAGUCACGAGCCGCCUUCUGCUGAGCCAAAGCCGCUGCAAGAGCAACUCCGUCGCACUGGCAGCUCGAGCUCUAGCUCUUCGUCGGAGGACGAUGGGCAAGGAGGGAGAAGAAGGAAGAAGAAGGGGCUGAAAGAGAAAAUAAAGGAGACGUUUGGGGGUGGGAAACACAAAGAUAAAGAUGAGGCCGCACACAGCGCACCAGCACCUACUGCUGCUACUACUACUACCACAUACCAAAGCAAAACUUCGACAACUGUUCCUGGGGAGCAUGAGAAGAAGGGCGUUUUUGAGAAGAUCAAAGAGAAGCUACCCGGCCACCAUAACCACUAA